GCGGAGCGGACGCGGAUGUAUUUGAAAGGCCCAAUCAGCGCCCAGCCCCUCCACGCCAGCCAAUGGGCAGCUCGCGGGGCGGACGGGGGGCGGAGCCUCUAUUUGAACCAGGACGCGGGCAAGGGGUCCCAGGACGCUUUCCUGCGGGUGUCGCAAUUGCGGCCUACCGGCGCCAUGGAAAGCGAGUUCCCAGGGGAGGACUCGCUGCUGCAGAAGCUCAGGGACAGCCACCACCGCUUCCAGAGGCACAUGCAGCAGUUGCUAGAGAAGUACAACCAGCCCUUCGAGGAUGCCCCACUGGUGCAAAUGUCCACGCUGACCUACGCGACGCCCCAGGGACUGAAAGUUUGGGGUGGAAAACUAGUGAAGAAAAGAAACAAAGGACAAACCCAGGACGCGAAGACUGUCGGCAGGAGAGAGGGCCCCGCGCAAGCCACAGCCGCAGGUCCCGAGCUGCCCGCGCCCUGCACGCGAGACCCGGGAGUGGAUUCGGAAAGCAGCGAUGCUGGCUCAUCUUUGUCCCGGGAAGACGUGGGUGCUGGGACCUUCAUGCCUGCAGUGCCUUGGAGUCCUUUGAAAGAUGACUUAAGAAGGAAAUAUUUGACCCAAGUGGACUCACUGCUACAAGAUAAAGGGUGUUCAGAGUAUGACGAUUACAGAGAUGGAAAUGACACACGCGGGACCCCAGUCCCUUCGUCGGCCUCACCUCCCAGGCCUGCCCUUGGGGACUGUGGCAGUGUCUCUGAAGAGAGUCCCGGUGGCCCAUUUGAGCCAGCUGCAUCUUCACGCCCCUGUUCAACAGACAUGGCUAUAGUGCCCAGAAAUGCCAGCGUCACGUUACAAGCGACUGGUGGUGACAGCUUCUCAAGCAACCAGUCCUUUGCGGCCGACGACAUCUGCAGCGUGACCAUCAGCGACCUGUAUGCGGGCAUGCUGCACUCGAUGAGCCGGCUGCUGGGCGCGAAGCCUGCGAGCAUCAUCUCCACCAAGACCUUCAUCGUUCAGAACUGGACCUCGAGGAGGAGGCACAGGUGCCAGAGCAGGACCAACAAGACGCGUUGCAGAGGAGGCAGACAGGGAACGCACAGGAGUUCCCACCAGAGACUUUUGCCCUCUUUUGAGCCUGUGAAAGAGGUGGCAGUAUUAAGAGAUUGCCAGAACGUACGAGAUAAGGCAGGAUUAAAAUUGGAAAAGGCUCGUCUUGAAGUGAACGCACCCCAAAUCUGUAGAUUACAGCCAAGUCGGAAGGAGCUGAAGGGAACACCCCAGAAGUGUGCUUCGUUGACUUACAUAGACUCCAUUACAAUGCAUCGUCUCGACCAGGAAAAUAGAUUAAUGACAUUACAGUGGUUAAUUUCUCCCGUAAAAGUAUUUUCCAGACGAAGAAUACAGCAGGGCGACAGAGGGACUCAUCAUAGGGAGCUUGCCAACAGAUUCGAUCAGCUUUACCAGGAGUAUUGCCCAAGCCCCAGGAAGCUGCCCUGCCUGCCCUUCCCCGGUUCCUCCAGGGUCCACGCGCACAGAGCCAGCCCGGGUGUCCCGUGGAGCUCAGAAACCCACAGGCCGAGACCUUUCAGCAGAGCGAAAGGUAAGAGUUUAAAUGAGGCUUUUGAAAACCUGGGCAAACGAGCCGUUGAAGCGAGAACAUGCCUGGCAAAGAGCAAUUCCUUCCCAUCACUUCUCAAGGCCGAUCCCGCACAGAACCCAGGCAGUUCUGAGCGGACAGCUGACCUUUCCCAAGGAAAUAAUCUUGGAAUAUUGAGGAAGUCAGUGGUACUCAGCGAAGCUCUUUCAGUACCUGGGGUGCGACCUCUAAGCUGUGCGAGAGAUCGUUACGAUGAAAUUAAAGAGAAAUUUGACAAGCUUCAUCAGCAGUAUUGCCGAAGAUCGCCUCAGCAGACAAAGACGCCUUUAUGUUCUGGAGCAUCUCCAGAUAAAGCAAGCGUGGAAGUUCAGGACCAAAAAGAAGCCUCCUUAGGAAAAUUAAAUCUGGUCUCUGGCUUCCAAGGUCCCCAAAAGUUGUCAGCGUCACCCCACUGGAGCAUAAAGCAUUCACUGGGCUCCAGCACGAUUGUUCAUCCGUCAGCAUGCUUGGCUCUCACUGCCAGGAGGGGUCCUCAGCCCCUUGUGAAAAGACGCCGCCUCUCAGACCCUCAGGUGUGUGGCAGGUGGGCUGAGGCCCAGGGUUCCUCCCACAUGGCGGGCAGAGCCACCCGGAGGCCAGGGGACGAGGUCGGCUCUUUACAGCUGGACUAGGAAAAGAAGAAGGAAGAACGCAUCUUUCAGAAUGGAAGAGAAAAGCGAUUUUGUGUUAGAAAACUCGAAGCUGGAAAUCUGUAACAAGUUAUUUUAGAGUAUCGUCCCUCUUCCCCCUUAAUCCGUGCGUGUGUGAUUCUCAAGAAUAUUUUAGAACUUGCUUCAGUUAUCUGCCCUUAAAAGCAAAUUUCAGUGAAAUUGGCUUCAUUGAGAUAACUGAGUUCUUGGUAUAGAAAUUAUUGGAAUAAAGUUGCUUGAUUAAAAUAAUUAAUGUUAUACAUUA